AUGGAGAGACAUCUCAUUGAUGCUGCUUGUGGAGGUGCAUUGAAUGACAUGACUCCUACUGAAGCCAGGCAGUUGUUUGAGAAGAUGGCUGCUAAUUCUCAGCAGUUUCAAACAAGGAGUAAUGAUGCUGUUAAAGCUGUUAAUGAGAUUGGGACAGAUCCAAGGAUGGACAAGCUUGAGAAGAGGAUGGAAACCAUUGCCAGUUUGGAACCUACAGAUGAGAAUCCUGAAGCAUAUGCUGCCAACAUUUUCAAUAAUCGACCUCAGCAAAAUUAUGAUCUGUCAUCUAACAGAUAUAAUCAUGGCUGGAGAAAUCAUCCAAAUCUUAGAUGGUCUGAUCAGUCACAACCUGCCCAAGCACCGUUUCAGAAUAAUGCUAGACCAUAUGUUCCUCCUCCAAUGCAACAACAGGCUAACAACCCUGCUGCACCGCAAUCUAAAGAAUCUUCAUUGGAGGAUAUGUUGAAGCAGAUGACAGCCCAAAACAUGCAGUUCCAACAAGACACCAGAUCCUCUAUUCAGAAUCUGACCACCCAGAUAGGACAGAUGGCUACUUCAAUAAACCAGCUACAGUCCCAGAAUUCUGAUAAGCUGCCCUUUCAGACGGUUGUCAAUCCAAGAAAUGUGAGUGCCAUCAUCUUACGGUCGGGGAAGAAAAUUGAUGCAGAUCAUGGACCAGAGCCAGAGCCAGAGCCUGAACCUGAAAAGGAGACAGAGACCACUGCCACAAGAACCUUCCAAGUACAACCACCUUCCAUUCCUCUUCCAUUCCCUUCGAAAGCUAUGCCAAGCAAGAAGAAGGAAGAGGUAGAUAAAGGAAUCUUGGAGGUAUUCAAGAAAGUGGAGGUGAACAUACCUCUACUUGAUGCACUCAAGCAAAUUCCAAGAUAUGCAAAGUUUCUGAAAGAAUUAUGCACUCAGAAAAGGAAGCUGAAAGGAAAUGAAAGAGUUCGCAUGGGGAGAAAUGCUUCUGCAAUCAUAGGUAAAGCUGGUAAACCUGCUCCUGUUCCUGAUGUUCCUGAAAAGUGUGAGGAUCCAGGUACGUUUUCUGUUCCUUGUGUCAUAGGUGAUACUAAAUUUGAAAAUGCCAUGCUAGAUCUAGGAGCUUCAAUUAAUGUGAUGCCUAUGUCUAUUUUUAAAUCACUUUCACUUGGACCUUUGAAACCUACGGGUGUUGUCAUCCAAUUAGCAAAUAGGAGCACGGCACACCCUGCUGGUUGGGUAGAGGAUGUUUUGGUUAGGGUUGGUGAACUUGUUUUCCCUGCUGAUUUUUAUGUGCUUGAAAUGGAAAAAUGA